UCAUUUCUGUGAAUUGUUUUUUGUUAAGUUAUGGAACGGCGUCUGGACCACAAAAAACACGUGUGUUAUUCCUAAGGAUUGUGAGUUGUGACUGUCAUUUCCUUCUCUCGUCCUGUCCCCCUUAAAGUUUGAGACAAUAAAUGCUGCACAUCCCAAGUUAACAGCGACAUUACUGGUUGUGAAGCCGUUAUAAAGGGGAUGAAACAAAAGUGACUUUCGAGGUGAGGUUCGUCUCCUGAAGGCCCCAUUUUCUCUUUGGAGAGGCAAGGGAAUGUCAGCGAGUGUGGGGAGGUCUUAGCCAGACCUGUAUGGCUCCUCUCCUUAAAUGGUAUUCCUUGAGACAAACUUUGCCUGUGACAAAUAAAGAUGGCAACAAAGGAAGUGGCUGUGGAAAGUGAUGACACUGGUGCUGAAGUCCGCAUUAUUGGAGAUCCAAUUGGCAAAGGGUUAUUUGCUACUCGAGAAUUCAAGUCUGGAGAAGUUAUCUUUGAAGAAAGACCUUUGGUGUCUUGUCAGUUCUUAUGGAAUGCUGCCUAUGGGUACUUGGCAUGUGACUUUUGUAUGAGGCCACUUGAAACAGCAGAAGAAAAUGCAUGCAGACUGGCUCAAAAUCCUCAGCUGACUCUGCCAUAUCCUGAGUGUUGUGACUCAAAGAAGGAUGCUUUAGUAGAGUGUCCGUAUUGUGAUGCAUCAUAUUGUAGCAGAGAAUGUAGAGACAGUGCUUGGAAUCAGUACCAUGAGACUAUAUGCUUGCGGUCAUUUAUGCCUGAUCCAACCCACCCUCUUGUAAUGCUGCAGGAAGCUUGGAAGUGGUGGGGAUUGCAGCCUGAUUCUUAUCACUGCCAGGGUUCUACGAGUCAAAAGAAAAUAAGGACCAAUGAAGUAGAACAAAUGCAUUACCCCCCGGAGACGGCUUGCAUCAUGCUCCUGGCAAGAAUCAUUGCUACAGUACGCCAGGCUGCUGACAAAGAGGGGGCAACAACUUUGUUCAUGCAAUUUUGCCACCGCACUGUUAAUGAAGAAGAAGAGAUUGCUCAUAAAUUACUUGGGACAGAGUUUCAGGACCAGAUGGAGGCCUUACGAGUGAUGAUGGAGAAGGGUUUAGGAGCUCCGGAGGUUCAGCAUUGGCUUACUCCAGAAGGCUUCAGAUCUUUGGUUGCCUUAGUAGGUACAAAUGGACAGGGAAUUGGCACUAGCCCUCUGAGUCGGUGGGUACGCAACUGUGAUGCCCUGGAAAUUACUGCAGAAGAGAGAGAAAAGUUAGACCAGCUAGUUGAUGACUUGUAUGAGCAGUUGGAAAAAGAGGCUGGAGGAUUUCUCAACAAUGAAGGUUCAGGACUGUAUCCAUUGCAGAGCUCUUGCAACCACAGCUGUAACCCCAAUGCUAUGCCCACCUUCCCUUACAAUAACUUCCAUCUGGUGAUGACAGCAGUGAAGGACAUUGCAGCUGGAGAUGAGAUUUGUGUCAGUUACCUUGAUGAAUGCAACUUGAAUAGGAGUCGACACUCCCGCAUUUCUAUUCUCAGGGAAAACUACCUAUUCACCUGUCGCUGUAGUAAGUGUGAGGAGCAAAUGAUUGAGCCAGAUGUUACGAGUGAAGAAGAAAUGGACGAAGAUGAAGAGGAGGAGGAAGAUGAGUAGAUUUGUGUUAUGUAAUACAGAUUACUGUAGUUAUUUAUAGUGUAGUAAAUAAUAUGAUGUUUGAAAAAAAAAAUUUUGUUUGGUAGAAAUACAUGGGCAUUGUGGUGGAAAUGAAGUACAAAAAGUAAACAAGAAAAAAAGCAAACAAACACCAUAGUAAAUUUUCUUAAAUAUGAUUCACAGAUGAGCCUCAGAAAAAUGAUAAAAAGAUGCCAAAAAUUAUUAAGGUUUGCCAUUGCAUUUAAAGAUUUAUGCAUAUUGGUAAAUAAGUGAUUAUUUUCCAAAUGUAGCUUGCUCCAUCUCUAAGAAGGAAAUCUGUUACUGCAGUGUAAAGGAGAGAAAUUGUGAAUUUUAGCUUCAGGUGGUGUUACAUAGUAAAUGAUACCCAGAAGGAUAUAAUGGUGAUAACAGAAAUAACAGAAAAUUAAUAUUAACUGUACAUAGUCACGAUUGUAAAGAAACUGAAAGAAAAUUAACGAGUAAGGUGAAUUGAUGUGUAUAUCUGUUGAUAAUGAUAAUUGUAAAUAAGUGUUUGAUUCUACCUCCAGAUGUAGUUGGGGCAUUUCAUGAAUUUUCAGCAGCAAUUCUUUUAUUUUAUUUUUGUUGGAAAUAUGUUGUAUGGUACAAAUUUUUAUCUCACCCGUAAGCUAGGCGGCUCUUGUAAUGCAGGCUAAGUUAAUAGGGGUCUUGUUCUUGAGUCCUCAGACAGGGCUUCCCAAAUGUUAACCUGGAUUAUAUUGCUAUUCCUUUCUGGAAGAACCAAUUACUCUAAACUUCCCCUUGUACCAUGAGCCUUAAAUUGAGGCCACAUGAUACAACCAUACCCUGAUAGGCCGAAGGUUUUGUUACAGUCAUUAUCACUGAAUUAAUACUCAAUAUGCCAAGGUAACUGAUCUUCCCUUUGAAUCUGAGUGAAUCAGGGAGGCGUUGAACCACUUAUAUCAUCAGUAUCUAGCUGACAGUUUGAGAGGAUGGUAUAGUGACCAACUCUUCUCUGGUCUGCCUGUAUUCCAAUCAUGGAUGUACAGUAUGCUGGAACUUUUUCAGGGGAGGGGGGUAAGGUUUGGAGGCUGACAAAAGUCCCCUAGGACAAAAUCCCUGUGGACAAAACCCCCUCAGUUGAAGUACAGUCCCGGACAAAAGUUCUCAAUACAGUCAAGGUGGAGGUUGUAAAGUCCUCCCCCACCCUUACUGGACAGCGGGUAGCUGUCCAUCCAUCAGUCUCCACCACACAAACAAGCACCCAAGCAGUUCAACAUUCAGCUCUGAUACUUCCAUUUCUCAGUAAGGACUGGGAAAGUAUGUCAUAGUUUUCAUGAAUAAAUUCACGAAACAAUUUACCCAGUCAGGUUUUACAUUAUUUGACAUAAUAGGUUAGCUCAUUAUUAGAUAAUCAUGAUACUGUAUAUGCAUUACAAUACAGAAGACACAAUGGAGAGAGUGUGUUUGUUGGCUGGAGGUUUGCAACGAUAAUAUCAGAAUCCUUCAAGCUGUAUUGUUCCUUAAAUUGGUAGCCAGAAAACUAAGCGUGAAUAUGGUUCAUAAGAGAAUGCUAUAUCACCCUCCGUGGUAAUGGCUUUAUCAUAUGGUCUACUGCAUGUAACCUUGGUUUGGUCCCUACACUGGGAGUAUAGAUGACAUAUGAAUGACAUGAUUAAUAUGAAAGUGUGUCAUAAUAAAUAGAUCACAACACCGUUGAUUAGGGUUGGAUGGAAAAAUAAGGUAAAAGCAGCAUGACCAUAUUUUAUUACUACUCAUAUAAGUAACCAUAAAUGUUACCUAGCUAAUGUUAUGUGCAGUCAAUAUCUUUGUAAAUAUUUAUAGUUAAAAAAAAAAGGUAAAACAGUGACUCAAACAAAAGUAUAUUCUUUAGAUUAUAAAAAUUAUGUAUAACACAUGUUGUCACAAAAAUUAUUCAUUCAGUAGCCAAUCCAGCCUUUUCAAUUAGGGCCUGUGACCUGUCUGGCAUGGGUGCCACAAGGUCUCUAUCAGCUCCGGUCUACCACUGUAGUAUCCCCAUUGUCUGUUAAUGUGCAACAUAAUGUCAAAUGAUGUAAAUCUUGAUUGGAUAAAUUGUUUUAUGAA